AUGAGCGCCUGGAUACGUAAGCCGUUUGCUAUGAUACUCUUGUUCAACUCCGCCGCAAUGGGGAAUCUCUCUCGUGACUCCGUCGAGCCAUUACGGCAUACGGCACCAGCAAGCGCCACAUCGGUCUGUCCAGAUCGUUUGCAGGCCUCUUCCGCCCAGCUGAUGAGUAACCCAGAGAAUGUAAAGAUUCCUAAUAAAGAUGGCUUAAUGGAACUUGACCAUCUGAGAUUCACUCCCGGGGCUGGAAAUGGAGAGGUACCCACAAGUUCAUCCGGAUUUUUUGAGCGCGGGUACGUGGAUGAAAAGGACGCAUCAAAAUCAAUAGAGGAUAAUCGUAACUCAGGAAUUCAAGGAGAUUCUUCGGAUAUGAAUUUGGCAUCAAGACAUUCCAUUCUUGCCAAUGCAGAGGGUCGUGAGCGUAAGAGACUCAAGGCCACAUCCGAAAAUUAUGGAAAUCAAGCCAAGUCAUCAACCACGCCGGUUCCAUUACAAAUAAAACCAAUCAAACUGAUGGGAUUUUAUAUUUUCCCUGAAGGUGAACCGACUUCCUCAGACAGUCUGACUAGAAAGAUCGACGAGGAACGCUCGAGCCAGAUAGAUCUAGAUAAACAAGAUGAACCGAUACAUGUGUACGAGAACACCGAUACCAUUUCCUCAAUCCCCACCAGAAUCCCUCUUAAGCAUCCUAUCAACCUCACACUCAAUUUGUUAGAGGAGUCUAUCAAUCCGAGGAAUUGUCUUCCUGGGCGCAAAAGGCACAGGGAGAAAGACGACGAAUCCGGAAAAAUCAAGUUCGAUAGCGCAGUCUUUGAUCACUCUAUAUACUCGAAAAAAUUCCAAGAGGAGCUGUUAGUGUAUCCAUUUCUGACGUACGAUGGGGUUGAGCUAGCAGAACUAGUGAUGAGCGAAAACCAAUUCCUCGAGUUCCAGAAGACGUACCAUCUAGUCAAUAUCAGCCCUGAAGGCCCAACAGUUGACAGUCUGAUUUAUCGGGACAGACGAAAAUUUGACGAGCUGGCCCGAAAAAACCUCCGCGAAUCUGCGUGUGAAGUGCUCGUUGAAGAUAGGGAGGUUUGGUAUAAUCAUUGGAAGAAGAUAACCAAUCUCGAGAUUAGAGAUUUCAUCGAAAAUUUGAUAUGUUCAAGGCCAAAUAAGAUCAGGAAUACGAUUGUGACGUUUCUAUUUUAUGUGGAGAUGAUUAGUACGAUCAUUCCGGAUCCCAAUCUCAAUCGAGAAGAAAUCAAUGAAUCAUCUCUCAUAAAAGCCUUUCAAAUUGCCAUCCAAAUGUUUGGAUUAAGUUCAUCGUCCAAAUUAAUCUAUGAAGAAUCAGUAAUUCAAGAAAAAUUAUCUGACAUUGAUAAACAGAUUGCAAAAUGUGGACCUUAUGGAAUUUUCGCCAGUGUUUGGGUUUUAGUCAGUCUUGGGAUGGGGAAGAUACAGGAAACCCUUGUUUGA